AUGCAACAAGUCCAAGUAAUAAUACGACGUUUGUGCAUAAUAUGCGUAUUCAUACUUGCUGUUCGAGCCCAAUCGAACACAGAGAGAGAAUCAAAUACAGUUGGGUCAACACUCUCGAACUACGAUGCCAGUGAAAGUACACUGCCCAGUAUUUCGCGAAGCUUCAUGCCACUUGCAGGGUCAAGCGCAGGAGCAACGUCCACUACAAGCACAGAAGCAACUUCCACAACAAGCACAGAAGGAACAUCCACAACAAACACAGAAGGAAUAUCCACUACAAACGCACAAGCAACUUCCACAACAAGCACAGAAUCAACUCUCACUACAAGUAGAGCGGGAACUUUGACCUCAAGUGCCGGGGCAGGUGUAGCCAUAAGUACUGAUGCAGUGCUCACGGCAAGCGCAGAAGCAACCCCCACCACAAGCGCAGAAUCAAGUGCCAUCACAAGCGCAGAAUCAAGUGCCACCACAAGCGCAGAAUCAAGUGCCACUACAAGCGCAGAAUCAACUCCCACAACAAGCGCAGAAGCAACAUCCACAACAAGCACACAAGCAUUGUCCACCACAAGCGCAGAAUCAAGUGCCACUACAAGCGCAGAAUCAAGUGCCACCACAAGCGCAGAAUCAAGUGUCACUACAAGCGCAGAAUCAACUCCCACAACAAGCGCAGAAGCAACAUCCACAACAAGCACACAAGCAUUGUCCACCACAAGCGCAGAAUCAAGUGUCACUACAAGCACAGAAUCAAGUGUCACUACAAGCGCAGAAUCAAUUCCCUCAACAAACACAGAAGGAACAUCCACUACAAACGCACAAGCAACUUCCACAAUAAGCGCAGAAUCAAUUCCCACAACAAGUAGAGCGGGAACUUUGACCUCAAGUGCCGGGGUAGGUGAAGCCACAAGUACUGAUGCAGUGCCCACGCCAAACGCACAAGCAUUGAGCACGACAAGUGCCGAGGCAACUUCCUCUAGUGCAGAUGAUAGCUUUACAACAAGCACUAAGGCAAUAAAUGCAAAUUCUGUCUUCACAACGAGCAGAGUACCAACGCCCACAACAAGCACAGAUGCAGUUUUCACAACAAGCACAGAUGCAGUUUUCACAACAAUCACAGAUGCAGUUUUCACAACAAGCACGGAUGCAGUUUUCACAUCAAGACCUAAUCCAGAGUUCACAACUACAGAUGCUGAUUACAGGAGACAAACAGAGCCCAGCACUACCUCCCGGCGGUCAACUAGGGAUUCCGCCUCUUUAUAUACUGAUGAAGUGGAAAGCGCUAUUAUUUCGGUAGGCACUUCGACUGGAUCUAGAAUCGACUCCCGCAGCAGAGAGCCUGCUGCUUAUUUUGGUUCAGCUACUACUGCAGCCACAUUUUUCUCUGACUCUUCGCCGGCAUCGCAGAUAUAUACCGAGUUACCAACCUCAUCUUCUGCUGCAACCACAAACUUUGAAAGUACCUCAGACAGUAACGCACCUGUAUCAUACGAAUCAGUUGCAGCUCAAGAAGGUUCCUCACUUCUCCGAUCGACUUCAAGUUUAACCGACUUGCCACAUGGUUCUUCCUUACCUUAUGGAGAAGCGACGGAUUUGGAGACAGCAACUACUUCUGAUACCCAAGGAACUUCAAAUAUCUCGCCGCCAACCACAUAUAUGGUGUCAACUGCAUUUUCGCCAACUUUUCAAUCUUCUGGCAUAUCAAGUAUGUCAUAUGUGACAGCAUCAUCAUUUUCUACUGAACCAAAUGUCGAAACUUCUGAUCCCCAGGAUUCCACAGAUCAAUAUAGAACGAUUCUCUCAGGAUCAUCUGAAAGCACCUCCCAAAUUGUUUCUUCUCUGGACACAGAGAGCAGUAUUACCGCGCAGGAUGUGAGACCCUACAGCUCCAGUGAAAGGUCUAGAUCGGUUGAAACUUCAGAAGCUUCAACACACUUUUCUUUCACAACAGAUAUUUAUUCCGCUGCAAGUCGGGUCGAUGGUAGCACCAGAACGGACCAAUCAUCCUCUAGUAGCUUGCUAAGCAACAUAGAGUCAUCGGAUGGGUACAGAAAUACUAUGCGAGUUUCAGCUACAACCGCUCCAACGGGAGGCAGCAGCGCUGCAAGAGGCGUCUCAACAAGUAUAAACCAAGAAACACUAUUGACUAGUUCUGGCGCUGCUCAAAACUCGGCGAUUGAACGUCCUAGUGCAUUAUCAACUAGUAGUCGAAUUGUAUUCACUACGUCAUCGGAAAUACCUAUAAAUUCAUUCUCAAGAAGUGCAACAAGGGCACCUAUAGUAACAACAACCAAUAUGAUUUCAAAUGGAGCAUCCACCGAACAAUUGAUCCUUAAUAGUGACAUAUCAUCCAGUGAUACUUUUUAUUCUUCCGAUAUUCUUUCACCAGGGGCUUCAUUCAGCAGUAUGGGUAGACAGCAACUUUCUUCGAGGUCGACGAUUGUCGAAGAUCAAAGCAGAUCUUUGCAAUCAACAGCGGUAAGCAGAGUGACGGGAUCGUCGAGCUCUUACUCAUCAAUUACAAGAAUCCAAAGUUCAUCACAGAGCUCAGGAUCAGGACAACUGAUACAGACGACAUCAGGCACCAGUGAUCAGUCCCGUUCACUUGACAUCCUCCAAUCAUUAUUGAGUCAUGGCAUAUCAGCAUCAGUGCAUUCCGGUGCCUCUCACUUUGCUUCAUAUUUUUCAACUCAGGUCAUCACUCCAAAUAGCAAUGCAGUUUCCAAUAGUGCCAUUCACUCAAGACCAUCCUCCUCUGCGUCUGCCAGCACUGGUCAGACCAAUAGAGAUCAAAGAUCUGAACAAUCGUUUUCUUCGCAAACGAAAAGUUCCAGUCGUGAUGUUAAUUCAGAGUUCAUUUCUAUCAAUCCGACACCUGUGAAAACAUCUAAAUCUCAUAAAUCCACUACCACUAGCAAUAUGUCAAUUGACACCGCUCGUCCCCUUCCUUCAGGUACAAGGGGAACCCAGCUUACUUCCGAUGGCUCCAGUCCUAUCUAUAUCGGCUCAAGAGAUCAAACUAGAGUUACUGAACUUCCAACUUGGCUGCCGAAAUCUAUCGUGAUGCAAUCGAGUUUGCAGACAACAUUCACUUCUACGUUUAAUCCCAGUGUUACUGAGACUCUUCCACGUUUGAUAGCUCCGCCAACAGAGGUCGUCCCAGAUCCGGAUUCAGUCGUUGUAACCAUUGGUUUCAAAUAUAGUUUGAAUUACGAGUUUUUAGUCGGGAACCCACUGGCCUCUGCUCAAAUUUUUCAAUUUUUGCCUUCUGUUUUAAGCUUUCCUUUUCAAUUCCAAAUGGAACAGGAUGAGGUAGUCAUAGGCAAUGUCCUACUUAGUUCCACGAACAAUAAAGUGAUAACAACAGUUUUAUCACCCUCAGAUAAAUCUUCAAGAUUAAAGAUUAGAGAAGUCAGACAGAGCGUGAAUGUUUCCCAAGUUAAGGUGAGACAGAUUGUUCCAAUGUUGAUCAGCGGCCAUAAUUAUCUAGUUUCAUUAGCCGAAGUUUAUUUCCCAAACAUUUAUGUUUCUGAUUUGGCUCAAUAUGUGAGCAGAAACGAUUCACAGUUAUACAACAAUACUGUUCCAAGUUUGUUUUCUUUAGCAUCCCUAAUAGAUCCGUCUAUUCCGAUAACUGGUUUGGUCAACUCAGAUGUAUCACCAAGUCGGUCCACGCGUACUAGAGUGACAGGCACAUGGCAAACGGGACCAGUUAUUUCCGGCGGUGGAAGCUUUGGUGGUAAUGCAUCACCAAGUUUGAACCAUCGAAUCAAAAUAAGGCUUGCAAUAUUCCUCACUUGCUUAGUUAUCGGUCCGUUAGCGUGGAUCCUGCUAUUCAUGUACUUUCAUAAGCUGUUAUACGGAAGGUAUCGGGCCGGAGGCAAAAUGUGCGACGACCAGGAAAACCCUCUCCAAGAAGGAGCUGUUCUUGUGCAAGACAACACCAGUGAACAUAGUUUGCCAUCAGCCUUUGCAACUCCUAUAUUUGAUGAAAAAAAUGGCAGUUUGGAGCGGCAAUAUGAUUCCAAUGAUACAUUGCAGGUGCCAGACGAUCUUAUUAUCACGGGGGAGAACACUGUUUACAGCACUUCUCAUGGCUUGGAGUACUUUGUUGAUUCAGAGGGAAACUUUUAUUAUUCUGGCACUAAUGAGCACUUUACUAGUGAUGAAAAUGGAACCACGAAGGAUGAAGAAUUCGAGGAAACCGAAAAUACCGAAGAUAUUGAUGAUUACUUAUAUAUUGAAGAUCAAGAAAGGUCCAUUAUCACAGCUGAUGAAAAUUCGUAUAAUGUGGGUAGUCUUGAGCUAGAUGAAGAUGGAGAUUAUGUUGUUGAAGAUAUCAAUAUCAGCGAGAAGAAUUUUUCGGCAGGCACCAACAAUUCCAAUACUAUUGAAAGCUAUAACAACAGCAAUCUUUAUCAAUUAGCAAAGGCUUCACCGCAUUAUGAGCGAAACCAUCAUAAUACUGAUUCAAAUACUCCGGGUUUUACAGGCAGCAAUUCGGACAGCGGUCAUCAUCUUUCAACCGAAUCAAACCAAGCCCCGUUAUACGUUAAUGGCAGUGGAGAAUCCUACAAUCAGGAUACUAAGGAUUUGGCGAGAUUGGCUGUGAGCGUCGAUGAUAUAGACGAGUUCUUGUAUAACGAUGACGAUGAUGGUGAUGAUCCUCUUGAUAUCGAAAUUGACGACAUUGAUGAUGGAGGUGUCGCUGAUAUCCAUGUCGAUGAAUUGGAUGAACUGGAUGAAGAGAUUUACAAGAGACUUUCAAAGAUUGCUAACCAAAAAAGCCAAAAUAAUGUUUUUCACAAGGGUCCCUUCUUUGCAGGAAGAAGCUAA